AUGUGUCGUGGGUUUGCUUUACUUCAGCCUCUCCCAGGUGGUACAAAUUUGGAUCAAUCCAAGGGGGAAAUCUAUCACAUGGCGGAAUGGCCAAAGUCCAAUAUCGACUGGAAGGAUAAGAGGGUAGCAAUAAUGGGCACUGGUGCCUCUGUCACUCAGGUUAUUUAG